AUGUUCAGAGCUUAUGGCAAAGUCAAUGAGGCCGAUCAAGCAAGGCUCCUGGCUCGUCGAAAAACCAGGAGGAGAAUUGCCAUCAUUAGCCUGUCUUUCAUUGUCCUUGCUGCUAUUGUAGUCGCUGCUGUUUUCGGAAGUCGAGGGUCUGGAGGAGACUCCAAAAAUGGUGGCAAUGGUGGAGUUCAGCCCAUCUCUAGUUCUAUCAAAGCUGUAUGUGAUGUGACCUUGUAUAAAGAUACAUGUUACGAUAGUCUUGCUCCUAUGGCUAACUCCAGCCAGCUUCAACCUGAAGACAUCUUCAAGUUGUCAAUGAAAGUAGCCAUUGCUGAGCUAUCAAAAGCAUCCCAGUAUUUCUCCAAGAAUGGAAUUUUUAAAGAUGUUGCUGAUAAGAUGUCCGUUGCAGCCUUGGAGAAUUGUGGUGAACUUUUGAGUCUAGCAAUCGAUCAUCUUAAUAGCUCCUUAUCAUCAUCAGGUGAAGUUUCGGUCAUUCAAGCUGUGGAUGAUCUCAGAACAUGGCUAAGUUCAGCUAGUACUUACCAGCAGACCUGCAUUGAUGCUUUUGAAGAGCUCAAAGGAGACACCAAGGCCAGUGUUCAUGACCAUCUGAAGUAUUCUUCUGAACUAACCAGCAACAGCCUCGCCAUUAUAACAUGGAUUUCAAAGGUUGCAAGCGUGUUGAAUCUAAGGCGAUUAAUGAGUUUUUCUCCAAACCAUGAAGAGCCAGAGUGGUUUCAUGUGAAAGACAGGAAGUUACUUCAAAGUUCGGAUCUCUUGAAGAAGAAAGCUGAUAUUAUUGUGGCAAAAGAUGGCUCUGGUAAGUAUAAGACUAUAAGUGCUGCCCUCAAGGCAGUUCCUGACAAGAGCAAGAAGAGGAUUGUGAUCUAUGUGAAGAAGGGGGUUUAUAGUGAAAAUGUAAGCGUUGAGAAGAAAAAAUGGAAUGUCACCAUGAUUGGUGAUGGGAUGGAAUCCACAGUAGUAUCUGGAAGCCUCAACUAUGUUGAUGGGACUCCCACAUUUUCAACUGCAACAUUUGCUGUGUUUGGAAAAGGCUUUGUUGCUCGAGAUAUAGGAUUUGUCAACACUGCUGGACCGCAAAAGCACCAGGCAGUAGCCUUGAUGUCAACUGCAGACCAAUCUGUCUUUUACCGGUGUCGCUUUGAGGCCUUUCAGGACACUCUCUAUGCACAUUCCAAUCGCCAAUUCUACCGUGAAUGCAACAUUAUCGGAACAGUUGAUUUCAUAUUUGGAAACUCAGCUGUUGUCUUCCAAAACUGUAACAUACUCCCUAGGCAGCCUCUGCCUAACCAACAGAACACAAUCACUGCUCAAGGGAAGGUUGACCCCAAUCAAAAUACCGGGAUUGCUAUUCAGAAUUGCACCAUUUUGCCUUAUGGGAAGUUGGAUACCUCUUUGAGAACAUACCUUGGACGACCCUGGAAGAAUUACUCCACAACCAUACUCAUGCAUUCAAGUCUUGGGAGCGUGAUACAUCCAACAGGGUGGUUGCCAUGGAGCGGAACUACUGCACCAGACACCAUAUUCUACUCUGAAUAUAAGAACACCGGCCCUGGUUCUUCAACCAAGGAUAGAGUUAAAUGGAAAGGUUUGAGAAGUAUUACUGAUAAAGAAGCCAAAAAGUUUACAGUCAAGGAAUUCCUCCAUGGGGACAAGUGGAUCUCAGAUACUGGUGUUAGCUAUAAAUCUAGUUUGUGAUUGCAACAUACAUGAUGGAGAUGCAUCAUGUAUGCUAACUUUUUUUUUUUUGGUUUUUUCUUCUUCAUUUUUCUCCUUAUACACAUAAAUUAUAAUGGCUAUGUUUCACUUUCACAUCCAUCAGAUGACAAAUUAAGCAGCUGAUGUCAGAAGUUUGGAAUAAAAUAUACUGUCCCCAAAAUUUUGUGAGCCAAAACUGCCUGCUUCUAUAGUUUUGCAGCUGCAGAACACCAAUGUAUACAUUUAUUGAUUGUUCUUAAUCUAUUUUCCACCUUCGUACUCAACUUCGACAAGAGAUUGAAUCCAAUUUCUCCCCAAAUCCUCACUUCCUGUGGGCUGAGAUCAUAUGUUUUCUUGAUGAUCAAAAUGGUACCUUCAAACCUUUUGGAUUUGUAUCUUCUGAACCUUUCUUGAUUUAC